UCGUCUGGUCAAUAAUAGCCAAUAGCAGGAUGCGGGCAUGAAUUUAAAAGCAGGAGUUUGGAGGUCAGUUUCCUGUGCAGGACAUGAUGGAUCGAGCAGUUCUCCGGCUGGUUCUCUUGGGUGUUUUUCUCAUCUCAGCCACUUCAGGUUCUGUUAAGAAGAAAGAAAAUGUGGAUAUAUACAGCUUCCACAUUAACUCCACGGUCACCAGUCGCUACGCCACAACAAUCAUCACAAGCCGCGUUGCCAACACACUGAAUGAAUCUCAAGAAAUCCAGUUUGAGGUCAAGAUUCCCAAAAAUGCCUUCAUCAGCAAAUUCAGAAUGGUUAUAGAGGGGAAAACAUAUGAUGGAGUUGUGAAAGAAAAAGGAGAAGCUCAGCAGCAAUACAAUGUAGCAGUAUCUAGAGGACAAAGUGCUGGACUGGUCAAAUCUGUUGGAAGGACUUUAGAGGACUUUAAAACUUCAGUAACGGUGGCUGCUUUAAGUAAAGUGACCUUUGAGUUGACCUACGAGGAACUGCUACAGCGUCGCCUCGGGAGAUACGAGCUACUCAUCAAUGCCCAACCGAUGCAGCCGGUGGCUGACUUCAAGAUGGAUGUGCACAUCCGAGAGAAACCAGGAAUUUCCUUCUUGGAGGUGAAAGGAGAUUUGAGCACCGGUGAUCUGGCCAAUGCCAUCAAAACCACCAGAGCAGACAAAGAUGCAUGGGUGACCUUCUAUCCCACACGAGAUCAACAGACCAAGUGUAAAAGCUGUGGAGAAAAUGGGUUGAAUGGCAACCUGCUCAUAACAUACGAUGUCGAGAGACGAAAUCCCAAAGGAGACGUUGUGGUAUCAAAUGGCUAUUUCGUCCACUACUUUGCACCCUCUAAUGUUCCACGUAUUCCCAAAAAUGUGGUGUUUAUCAUUGACCGGAGUGGCUCUAUGCACGGCAGAAAAAUAGAGCAGACUCGUUUGGCACUGCUAAGGAUUUUGAGUGAUCUUGAUGAGGACGACCACUUUGGAUUGAUCACCUUUGACAAUGAAGUUAGCUUAUGGAAGCGUGAGCUCCUCAAAGCUACUGAGACAAACCUGGAGAAUGCAAAAUCUUUUGUGAAAAAGAUCAGCGAUGGAGGAGCCACAGACAUAAACGCAGCAGUUCUAGCAGGAGUGGAGAUGAUCAAUCGACAUCCACGAGAGGGAACAGCCUCCAUCCUCAUCCUGCUGACUGAUGGAGAUCCCACUGCAGGUGAAACCAACAUUGAGAAGAUCAUGGCUAAUGUGAAAGAGGCCAUUGGGACAAAGUUUCCCCUCUAUUGUCUUGGUUUUGGAUAUGAUGUUAACUUUGACUUCCUGACAAAGAUGUCGCUGGAAAAUAGUGGAGUUGCUCGCAGGAUUUAUGAAGAUUCGGAUGCUGAUCUACAGCUGCAGGGCUUCUAUGAUGAAGUUGCCGUCCCUCUCCUCACUGAUAUUCAACUGAAAUACCCAGGAGGGACAAACCUUACCAAGACCAGCUUUAACUUGUAUUUUAAUGGCUCUGAGAUUGUGGUGUCAGGACAAAUCACAGACAACAGUGUGGAGAGUUUCACCACUGAAGUCAUCGCAGUAUCAAAAGGCAGUAAUGUGAAGUAUCAGGACACUAUAAUGACAAAAGACUCCAGUAAUGUCCCACCUGAGAAUGAAGAUUUCAUGCAGAGAUUGUGGGCCUACCUUACAGUGAAGCAGCUUCUGGAGAGACAGGUGCUUCUUAAAGGACAAGAGAAAGAGGAUGAAAAUAAAGAAGCUCUCAAACUCUCCCUCAAAUACCAGUUUGUCACUCCCCUCACCUCUAUGGUCGUUACUAAGCCACAAGAAGGUGAAGUGGAAGUUGCCGACAAACCCAGAGAGGGACGAAAAGAACAUUUUGAUGAUUUUGAUGCUGAUCCAGUUCCUGAUAAUGUCCAAUGUCUGUCAUUACCAGUGCAGCAGCCCAAUUUUGUAUACAGUAUUGAUGAAGAAGAGUCAGCUUAUGAUUUCAUUAUUGAUGUUCAGCCCACAUAUAGCUCCCCAAUACAUGAAACUAGUCCCCCUGCUGUGGAAGACGUCCAUAGCAAUAAUUUCCUCCUGCCUGUUGUUGGUCAGUCAAAGCCACUUUGCUUUGACAUUCCUGUUCCUCACAAACUCAGACUCCUACAUGAUUCAGCUUCAGAGUUUUCUAUGAAUGGAGAAUCUUUGAGUGAACAAAAUGGGUUCCAUCAAAUUGCUUUUCAUUAUAAAAAGAACCAUCACUUAAUAGUAAGCACAAAGUCUAUCAGUUACCGAAAUGGCCAAGACAAUGUUGAUUUUUUGUGGGGCCAGGAAAAGACCCAACACAAUACAGAUGGCGUGUCUCUGGUUGUUCUGGAAAAUGAAUUGAAUGUUACCAUGGGAAAUAUUGGUGUUGUUGUUCUUUCUCAUAAGAAGGAUGGGGUCAUGUUUUUGUGGCCUGCCAUUUGGGAAUAUCCAAAAGAUAUCAGCCUGACAGGUGUUUUAGGAAAGGCUAAUAUUUCAUAUGAGGAAAUUAAAGGAUCACAAACACCAACUCUAAAGAUAAACGACAAGGAGGUGAAGGCGUCUUUGGAAACUGUCAGCGAUUACAGAUUACAUUCAACUCCUAUUCGAGAGUGCUGGCUUGUACCGUUCCAGGCUGUGAUGGAGGCAGAGAUUUCUGAUUUUACUGUUAUUCAGCUUUAGAGCUGACAAAGAGUGUUUCCUUCUGAUUCUGAUGGUUCAUGUGAAGUACAGUUGAAGUCAAAAGGUUACAUACACCGUGCAGAAUCUGCAAAAUGUUUAUUAUUUUAAAAUAAGAGGGAUCAUGCAAAAUGCAUGUUAUUUUUUUAUUUAGUACUGACUCGAAUAAGAUAUUUCACUUUCUGUGAAAACUUUUUGAAUUUGAAGAUCACGGUAAAUGUAACUUAUUUUGUCUUCUGGGAAACAUGCAAUUAUCUUCUGUAGCUUCUGAAGGGCAGUACUUAUUGAAAAAAAUAUUAUAUUUAGGCAAAAUGAGAAAAAUGUACACAUCUUCAUUCUGUUCAAAAGUUUACACCCCCGGCUCUUAAUGCAUCGUUUUUCCUUCCAGAGCAUCAGUGAGCAUUUGAACCUUCUGUAAUAGUUGCAUAUGAGUCCCUCAGUUGUCCUCAGUGUGAAAAGAUGGAACUCAAACUCAUAAAGUCAUUGUUAAAAAGGAUUCAAAUACACAAAAAAAACUUUUGAGGACAAACAAGGGACUUAUGAACAACUAUCACUAAAAAAACAGGAAACAACACAGUAUUAAGAAUCAAGCAUAUGUAAACUUUUGAACAUGGUCAUUUUAAUAAAUUUAACCAUUAUUUUCUCUGGUGGACUAUUUGUAAACUGUAUUUUAUAUGAAAUAUCUUAUUUGGGUCAAAUCUAAAUAAAAAACAACAUGCAUUUUGUAUGAUCCCUCUUAUUUUGGUAAAUUACCAUUUUACAGAUUCUGCAAGGUGUAUGUAAACUUUUGACUUCAACUGUAAAUGCUUCAAUACUUCAAACCUGCAUGUACUCAAAAUUAAACUACAUUGUCAUGUGAUGAACAAACCCUUGACAAGUCUGCAGUUUAACCAAACACAAAAUAUUAAAACAAUGUACAACACAA